UGUAGCCGGCCGUUCGUCGCAUGUGCCGUAAGCUGCAUGUGCAAAACCUCGCGACGUGCAGCAAGGCACCAGUGAUCGCGCCGGUAACAUUUUGUCACUUUAUAAUCGUGCCUGGCUUCCACCUGGCUUGCUUUCUUUCCCUUCGCAUAUUCCGAUAAGGUCCUGAUAUUGCUGACGUCAUUAGUGUAUACUUUAGAACUUAUCCAAGAUUCUCAAGGAAGUGUCGUCUUCGUUACGUUUAUUCCACGUCCUUCGUUCCAAGACACGUCACUCGAGCGAAAGAAAGGUAUCUAUUGAUGCUGACCUAACAUUGGUGAACGCUCGAGAUCAUAAAUGUCACGAACGGCGUAGCCAUUGGUUUAACGCGGAUACGUGCGAUCUUUUUGCUAACAGAACUGAUAAUGAAGAAAUAUGCUGAGAAGUGAAUAGAAGAUCCAUAUUUAUUAUUGUGAAACAAAAAAGAAAGACAAGCUCCUACCCGAUUCUGGAGAAAAUCAUCUACGGAGGGAGAACUUAAUCGCAAAAUUCUCGUUGUUGUGUGUUGCUAGCGAAAGUACGUGAAUAUUCUUUGUUCGUGCGAUAUUACCUCCGAACGAACGCGCGUGUCUUGUCACAAGGCGAUCCCAUUGUUGUCGAACAAUUGGACUUCGUGGAGAACGACGUUCCAAGAACGACGACCUUCUACCGCGAGUGUGAUAAACGCGCAAGUCAGUGCGAGGAAUCUCUCGGUCUCUUCCGUGAUUUAAUCAACGGUUUAUAAUUCCACAGUCACUUCUCCGUUCCACGUAUGGAAUUCCCGGAGUUGAUGUUAUGGUCGAACGAUUACGCGAGGAAGAAUCGCUAUUAAACGACGUGCCGGUAGUUGGGACAUUCGGUUUGCAUUGACGAGAAAUUGACGAUUGUCAAAAUGGGUUCAAAGAUCGAGUACGUCGAGUCCUCGCACAUGUAUGCGACUAAUUACAUUCGCAAUUCCAAAGCGAUCGGCGUGCUGUGGGGUAUCUUCACUAUAUGCUAUGCCAUUAUCGGCGUCGUUGCGUUUGUCACCCCGGAAUGGCUCGGCGAUCUGGAGCAUGAGAAUCCCGGCAGAUUCGGUCUAUGGACCAGAUGCAGCUAUGGUGGAAAUGGUGAGUUAGGCGAGGAAUGUAUCGGCCGGCUGGACGACCUGUCGACCAUCGCCAACGUUCCUUUCCGAGCCAGCACGAUUCUAGUCGGCAUCUCGGUGAUAAUCGCGCUAUUGGCAAUCUGCGCAAUGCUCAUGUUCUUCUUUUGUCAAAGCACUACCGUGUUCUACAUGUGCGCUUGGAUGCAAGUGGUGUCAGCAAUCUGCAUGGCGAUCGGAGUGUGCAUCUAUCCUCUCGGCUGGGACUCACCGGUGAUUCGCGCCGUAUGUGGCGCAGCUGCUUCCAGAUACAAUCCUGGUGCCUGUGCUGUUAGAUGGGCAAUACCACUCGCUGCAAUCGCGGCUCUGGAUGCAGCUACUUUGUCUGCUCUUGCCUUCAUUUUGGCCUCCAGACAUGUGAGGCUACAAUCAGAACCUUUCAAUAACGGAUCCUUGUACAAAGGUGAAGUAAAUCCGGGCUAUGUGAACGAAGCUCAAAGCGUAGCUGGCUCUCGUAAGUCCCUGUCUUUGAGACCUGUUCUCCUAGUGGCUCCACCUGAACAGGACCGUUAUAGCGAACUCUCUAGAGCAAAAUCGCACUCGCAUCACAGUCUUUACACACCAGCGCCGUCGCAUCCAGCGCACACCAUGUCUACGAAUACUCUCAAUCAUUCGCAGCACAACUUUCAGCUCUAAAAUGACUGAUCGCUGCGAAUACAAAGAUUUAAAUGGAUCUGUAUAUAGCUGACGAAAUUAGAGGAAAAGCUAUAUUGUACAUAAGAUGAAAUGUGUGCGAUUUGGACGCAAUUGC